UGGACAGGGUCGGAUGGUUGAUGGCUGCCUAGGAGCGGAAUUGUUUAUUUAUUUGUGGGGUUUUUUUCGGGUGGAACUUUAUUAACUUCCCCCCCCCCCCCCCUCCCUUCCGGUGUGUGGGAAAAGACCGUCCUCGAUCUUCCAGCCCUGACUCCAGUCCCGUUUCACCGGCUGAGUUCGAGGUUUUCAGACGGGAGGCGGUUAGGCCUGGUCGGUUAGUUGGGCGGACGGAGAGGGAAGCGGCCGAUCCCGAACCCGAGGGUCGGCUCUCAGCUGCCCGCCCGGCUGGCUCACCGACUCCGGGCCAGACAUGUCGUGCGUCGCGGUGAUGUGUACCUGCUCGUCGGCCGCUCGGCUCCUCCGCUCGUCCAUCACCUCCUCGGGACUGGGUUUUGCACGAUUCCCCUUCCCAUUUUUGGGGCACUCUGCUUGUUUUGAAACACAAAGAGGAACAAAAGUUCCUUGCAGAGCAUUUGGUGAAGCUGUUACUCUACUUGCGUCAAAAGACGGUGGCACUAAAGAUACGUCAGGAGAUAGCAACAAGAAGUCUGUCAGCGAAGGGGGUAGCAAACGAUCAUCUGGAUCAGGUGGUUCAGGGAAGGGUGGAAGCCAACUACGGUGUCCUAAAUGUGGUGACCCAUGCACACAUGUAGAGACCUUUGUCACUUCCACUCGCUUUGUGAAAUGUGAAAAAUGCCACCAUUUUUUUGUGGUACUAUCUGAAGCAGACUCCAAGAAGAGUUUAAACAAAGAGCCAGAAUCAGCAGCUGAAGCUGUGAAAUUAGCUUUCCAACAGAAACCGCCACCACCUCCAAAAAAAAUUUACAGUUAUCUGGACAAAUAUGUGGUUGGUCAGUCCUAUGCCAAGAAGGUGCUUUCAGUUGCUGUGUACAACCACUACAAGCGCAUCUAUAACAAUAUUCCAACUAGUCUGAGGCAGCAAACAGAAGUGGAAAAACAGGCCUCCCUAACACCUCGGGAGUUAGAAAUCCGAAGACGAGAGGAUGAGUACAGAUUUACAAAGUUGCUGCAGAUUGCAGGCAUCAGUCCACACAGUAAUGCACUUGGAGCUUCUAUGCAGCAGCAAGCAAGCCAAUCAAUUCCUCAAGAGAAGCGAGGAGGAGAGGUUCUUGACUCAACUCAUGAUGACAUUAAGUUGGAGAAAAGCAACAUUCUGUUGCUUGGUCCCACAGGAUCAGGCAAGACCUUACUAGCACAGACCCUCGCCCGAUGCCUCGAGGUUCCCUUUGCCAUUUGUGAUUGUACUACUCUGACCCAAGCUGGAUAUGUCGGUGAAGAUAUCGAAUCAGUUGUUGCAAAGCUCUUGCAAGAUGCCAAUUACAACGUUGAUAAAGCUCAGCAAGGAAUAGUUUUCUUGGAUGAAGUAGAUAAGAUUGGCAGUGUGCCAGGGAUUCAUCAACUACGUGAUGUGGGUGGUGAAGGUGUUCAGCAGGGGCUAUUGAAGCUGCUUGAGGGGACAAUUGUAAAUGUUCCAGAAAAAAAUUCUAGGAAAUUACGAGGAGAGACUGUCCAGGUGGAUACGACUAAUAUUUUAUUUGUGGCAUCUGGUGCUUUCAAUGGUCUAGAUAGGAUUAUCAGCAGGAGAAAGAAUGAAAAGUAUCUUGGAUUUGGCACGCCCUCCAACCUCGGCAAAGGGAGAAGGGCAGCAGCCGCUGCUGAUUUAGCAAAUACGAGUGGUGAUAAUAAUACUGUGCAGGAAUUAGAAGAAAAGGACAGAUUACUUCGCCAUGUUGAGGCCCGGGACCUGAUAGAAUUUGGAAUGAUUCCAGAAUUUGUAGGCCGCUUGCCUGUGAUAGUUCCCCUACAUAGUUUAAAUGAAGAUACAUUGGUGCGAAUUCUAACAGAACCUCGAAAUGCUGUCGUCCCACAGUACCAGGCUUUGUUUAGUAUGGAUAAGUGUGAUCUUAAUGUAUCUGAGGAUGCCUUGAGAGCUAUAGCUCGACUGGCUCUGGAAAGGAAAACUGGUGCCCGGGGCCUUAGAUCGAUCAUGGAGAAGUUACUGUUGGAGCCAAUGUUUGAAGUGCCAAAUUCAGACAUUGUAGCAGUAGAAGUGGACAAAGAUAUUGUGGAUGGAAAGAAACCACCAGCAUAUAUACGAGCCCCGUCUAAGGAACCUAUUGAAGAAGAAUACGAUUCUGGUGUGGAAGAUGAUCGAUGGCAUCGACAAGCAGAUGCAGCUAAUAAUUAAACAGCUAUAAUUUGGAACAAUUUGUGCAAAAAAAUGAGUCUCAUACAAUACUGAAAGUAUUUUAUUUUAUUUAAUUUUAAAUGUGUUAUUAACCCUUUAUGCUCACCAGAGAGUUAUCCUUUAAAGAGAACAGCUUUUUGGAAAGGGCUGAAAGUCUCCCCUUGACAUGAUCUCAGCAGACCAGUGAAACUCAUUAUGUAUUUGUAUAAUAGCAAAAUUUUGUACAGUGGCCAUUAUGCUCUGUGAAUUUUACUGUAAACACAUUUAUGGAUGUGUUUAUGUUACAAUUUUUAGCAGCUGCUUCCCUACAGUAACUGUUCAGGAACAAAAUAUGCAUCCCUGCACCCCAUAAAAGGGACAAGAUAUUACUGAAUAUCCCUUUAAUUUUCUCUCGUGCAUCUAGAAAUUUCAGUGUUACUUUGAGCUAGAUGUGCUGUGGUCAAAUUACAAAGUUUUUUUAAUUUAGAAUCCCUGUUUGCAUUUAGGAUUUAGGAAUCAAAUUGAGGCAAAAGGGGGUCAUAAGAAGUGUUGAUGGAACUAAAUAAUAAACAGGUUUUACUAACACAGGUAUUGCAGGGAUUUCAGCUUCAAUUUUUGAUAACAAUAGUUUGGAAAUGAUUUUGGUUUCAUGUUGCUUGUGCUAAAGUGUACUUACCAUUGUUUUAGAUGCAUUUAAUAGGCUGCACAAGAAACAAACCCUUACCAUAUUUUUUCUGUACUUCCUUUUAUGCUGUUGUUGACCAGGAACAGGAUGGAUUUUUGUCCUUUAGAAGUUGGCCUCUUGGAACACUAAAGGAUUUAAAAAUGAAUUAUUGUAAAUCUCUGGUUGUACAAAUAAAGUGUACAGUGAGCACUUUACAAA